CCCUCCCUGCAGGCACCCCGCUGGGGCAGGAACCGGCCCAUCAACAUGAACCAUUCUGCCAAUAAGAAGAGUGCGGCAGAGAGCAUGCUGGACAUCGCACUGCUGUUGGCCAACGCCUCCCAGCUGAAGGCUGUCAUCGAGCAGGGCCCUGGCUUCGCCUUCUUCAUCCCCCUGGUGGUCCUCAUCUCCAUCUCCCUCAUGCUGCAGAUUGGUGUGGGCGUGCUGCUCAUCUUCCUUGAAUAUGAAUUUCUAACUUCUGAUCCUCCGAGCCUCUGAAAGUCAACCUUGAAAAUGGACUUGUCAGCAGCUCCAACUUGGUGAAGAAGCCAUGGACAGGGAUGCAGAGAGACCUGCCACCACCACAAGGCAGGACCCUCCUGGCCACCUGGCUUCAGCAUCUACAACCUCUCUGAUUAAAGAGUUAACAUUGGCCAUAGUUCAUGGAGUGUGCCCCAUGCUUGGGCAUUCUGUGGGCUCUAGGCAUACAGAUAAUCAUCAUUCUUCCAUCAGCUCUGCUACACA